UUUUAAGAAAAAUAACAAUUAAUACCCCAGCCACAAUAUUUAAACUUAGUACAGUAUGCAUAAUUUCUCUUUCAGAUUGGACAAAACUCUGACAGCGCCACCAUAUCCCCUUUGGAGUUUAAUCACUCAAACACACCCUCAUUUAUCAAAGAGAUUUAGCUUAAAAUAUGCUUCAUCGCCUAUUAUACUCAAACAACAUUCAACAUAUCCUCGGAAACCGACGUUAAAAUUUAAAGAUGUUUUCAAAAAAUGGGAUGGCAAGAAAUAUUUUAUGGCGAAAUCAGGCACAUAUAAUCGUGAUCUCGAUGAUCACCGUUACAGUUCUUUCCCAUCUUUAGCCCGUUUUAAUAUUCAACAUAACCAAUACGGUUCGCUUCGCAGAUCUUCCUCUAUACCUAGCAAUCUAUUUUGGCAGAAGACUUUAAAUAUACUCAGCAAUUUUAAAAGAGUUUAUCUGUCGGCUUUCGAUAAAAAUUCGAAACAUAGUGACUAUUGUUACUCAUUGGAUAACGCUAUUAACGAUUCCAAACUACGUAGCCAGUUGAUCAACAUGAUAAGAACGCCUAGUAUUAACGACACUUCGCAAACGGGUGAUUUGGGAGACCGUUCUUCCUUAAUAUCCCCAGAAAAUUUGCAAUUAGUUGACGGUGAACAUUUAGAUUCACUUAUAAUGGGCUCUAGUACAAUUAAAUCAUUGGAUAAGCUAAAUUAUGAUCUCAGGAUCCCGAUGUCAAGUGAUCACAACAGAAACUCGACACCCAUCAUUGAAUAUGGUACGAAUGGUUAUGCCCAAAGUCGAAAUUUCGCGGAUAUAACUCAUAACAUCGUGUUUUUAAAUCACCCGAAUAUCACCACCUCGGAUAAAAUUUCUCCCGGAAACAUUUCCUUGCUUUCCGAACCGCUUCAGGAUUGUUACUAUCAUAGCGAUGAUCCUAACAUCAAACUCGACCCCGCCCCUAAUACGUUGAAUAUGUUUCGAGACGAACAUGGCCUACCAUUUCCGUUCUCACUAUCCUCCAGUCAUUGUGGUCAGGUAUCUCCUAAAAUUAGGCCUCGAGCCUUUCUCAGCGAGGGCCACAGUAUCUCUCAUAUUAUUAACAAACCCAAAAACUAUUCCAAAAAACGUUACCUUUUGAGAAACGAUAAAAAAGUUCCCAUUAUCACUGAACCUUUUUUUUCUAGUAAAAAAUUUGAUGGUGCCACAAAAUCACCUUUGGAUUUGAAUCUUGCCUCCCUGCCAGAUUCGAUUAAUGAAAACCGGGCAUUUAUUAGGCGUCAAUCCCAACUCUCUAUCGAAUCGGACCCCGGGUUUCGGUCGUCAGAAUUGAGGAUUCCCUCAAUUCCCGGGCCACCCGGAAAUUAUCAUUCAUUGUUUAACAUUCCCGAGAGCUUCGCUUACGAUGAUAAUAUUAUUAGUGAAUUGAAGGAUCUUAACCGUAAAUCUUCCGAUACCUUAGAAAUUUUUAUCAAUGGUAAUAGCCAAGACAGCACGGAUGACUUAUCAAACAAAGACGGCAAGGUCGAAAUCAAAAACCGUAGUUAUCCUACCUUGACACAUCAAACCGUUAAUAAAGUAUCCUUAAAUAACACCGCAUGCAACGUCAAUAAUAAUCAAAAACGACGUUUUGCCGAUGCCCCCGUGCGUUUCUCUCACAAAUCGCACGCUACUAGCAUGUUACAAAAUGACGCCUCGUCCUUUAAUAAUCGAUUUUACGAUUCAUCAUCUCCGGCUUCUUGCAGCAUCUUGCUCAACGGUAAUAACGAGAAUACCUCUCUUAUAACCCUUACCGACCCAUAUUUUCCUCCUGUACCAUUGCCUCCCCGUGUUUCUAUUUCUAAAUUAUCUGCUAACCAUGCCCCUUGUCCCCCUUGCCAGCUCUCCAUACCCAAUAGAAAUGAUAACCAAAGCCCUUGUGAGCCAACUUUCAAUGCGCUAUUACCCACCAUUUCGAUAGCUACCCGCUCUUUGUUAAACUCGACCGGUAUAAACCUACCCCCUCAUUCUAACAUAAUUACGACCCCUACCUUAUCAUCAACAAACAGCAGCAAUAGUUUGUUUCAAAUGCCAUGUGACAACAAGAAAUAUAGGAAAACGUUUUGGGACGUGCUGGCCCCGAGUUACAAAAGUCGAAACGAGGACUUCAAAAAGCUUUUCAUGGACGAGACCGAAGAAAACGGUAACGGAAUCGAAAACGAGAGACUUCUGGUCGAUUAUUCCUGCGCCCUGCAGAAGGAGAUCCUAAUUCAAGGCCGCAUGUACAUAUCCCAAUCUUACGUUUGCUUCUACGCCAACAUUUUUCGAUGGGAGAGCAAGAUCAAGAUAAGAUUCAAGGAUGUUUUAUCCGUGAGCAAAGAGAAGUUGGCCAAAAUUAUUCCCAACGCUUUGACCUUGCAAACUCAGGAUGGCUCUAAAUACACUUUUGCUUCAUUCACAUCCCGCGACAAGACUUACCUAGCACUGUUUCGGGCUUGGCAAAACGCCCUUUUGGGUCAUCUCCCGCUACCGGCCCCUGAAUUGUGGCAUUUAGUUCACGAAUCAUAUGGCAAUGAGCUAGGACUAACAUCUGACGAUGACGAUUACGUAGAUCCGAGGGCAGUCGAGGCUAGAGGUUUAGAUGUUCUGGAGACUAGCCAAUCGGAAAUUAAUUGCAAAGAAAAACAUUACGAUCUCUUAACGAGUCGAGGAAAUCUCGCUGACUCCAAAACCCGAGUUAAAUCUUCCCCUGAAUUCUCCAGUCAAAGAUAUUCUCAAGGCAUUAAAAAUUACCCAUCUCCUCCCAACUCCAUAUUACAACAACCCCUAGCAGAUAUUCUCAAAAAUCAAUCGGGUGAAAUUUCAUUCAGCUCUACCAAGCACAUCCCUCUUAAUAACAGAAGCCCAGUCACAUUUCUCUCAGAUACUAAUUCAGAACUAUUAAUAUCUGACUCCAUUCAAAAUGGUGGAUCAAAAGAGUAUAUCAAUAUAUCUAACGGACCUAUCGAAGGCGAUUCAUCUGCCAAUAUAUAUUCAACGGAAGAUGAUGAAAAGUUAGGGCCAGAAGAAGGCGAAGGUGAUACGAUAUCUUGUUUAUGCUCGGAACAUCCCGGUAAGCUCUACCUUGACUUGAUAAUAAACAACAAGUCGUGUGAUGAAGUCUUCCAGCUAUUAUUCACGAAUUCGCAUUUUUUCAGAAAUAUCCAGAAGGAAAGAAAUACCAAGAGUCUAGUAAUGUCGGAGUGGGGAAGUUCGAACGAAAAUAUGACAUCGAAUAAAUUGUCCACCUCCCAACAUCACAAUCAUAACCUUAAUCAUCAUCACGAAAAAUAUUCCAAGCAUCAUAUCGACUCUCACGCCAGCAAGAAAAAGAGAGUUUUGUCGUAUGUCGUGGAAAUCUCAAGUCCCUUAGGUACCAAAUCAGCACCCACUACAGAGAAACAAAUUUUAAUCGUUGGUGGAGAAAGUUCUUUGAGAAAAUGGCAUAGAAGGAGGAGCAAAAGAUAUGUUGUGGAAUGUGAAGUAACGAAUUCGGGAGUCCCUUACAGUGACGCUUAUUACGUGAUAUGUAGAUAUUGCCUCACCCGGGUCGGGGGCGAGAAAGAUUCAAAGGCGUGUAGACUAACUGUUCAUUGUUUGAUAGGAUAUAAAAAGAGCGUGUUUUCGCUCGUCAAGAGUAUCAUCGAAAAAAAUUGCCAAUCCGGGCUACAAGAUUAUUUCAAGUUUUUAGGCAAUAAACUAAUCAGUGAACUGAGGGCAAAAUCUAUAACUAAUGAGGUCUCAGACGAUGUCGUUAGCCAAAGUAAAACCAAUAAAAUUCGAAAAGAUCAGCAGGUCCCGAAUGAACUAAGUGGUAACAAAUCUAACAGAGCAACGAAAACUAUUGACUCUGGAACACAAGAUUCUAGAAGCUCCAAGAAAAAACACAUGUCAAAAAGAAACAAGAUGCUUCCUUUUUCUGGCAAUGGCAACAAAAAUUCUCAAGAUGAUUCUUUAUCAGAUGUUAUAGGUAGAUCAUCAGGUGAUAUGGAUGGAAGCAAUCGAAGUGGACUAGUUGCCAAAAAAACGUAUUCGAGGAGAAAUAGAAUAUCAGGACCUAAGGAUUCUUGUAGUAGUCUUGAGGAUAAAUCUCGCUCCCCUCUUUUUGCUAUCCUACUAUAUGUGAUAAUGUUACUUUUAUGCCUUUACGUCGUUUAUCUUAACUACAAAUUAUGGCUUCUAGAAGAUUUUAUUAUACGUUCGCAGGACAAAGGGAACGAAUCAUUUUACCAGUCCGAAUUUAGGUCUACAUUUAUUGUUCCAUUGAAAUCCGCGUCUUUCAUAACGUUUAUAACUACCGUAUGGUCGGCAGCCAUAUAUCUUCCCAAAACGUUUCUCUCUCAUUUUGCAUCUUAUAUUUAUGAUCAUGGAUUUUACAAAAGAAAUUCGCUCAACAAUUUAUCGGAUGAAGAAAUGGCAAAAGGCAUUGUAUUGUUUUCUCAACUACUUAAACAGAUGGAGGAAUCGAUUAUCAAUUUGCAAAGACAUUUUAACGAUACUCAUAAGUUCACUUGAACACGCACGAAAAAACGAAACCUAAUUAUGUUAAAAUAAUAUUUUUACUAUUUUUCUAAUAUUUAUUUAAACAAAACAAUUCUUUUUCGUGUUCAUACUCCUUUUUUUUAUAACAAAUUUUAUACAUUUUUAACUGAAUUUAAAUUCGUUAAUUGAUAUAUUCAUUUCCUUUAUAAUGAAUAUAUAAAUCUUUCAUAUCCUCUAACUAUUUUUUACCAUGUUUACAAUGUUGUUACAUUUAUAUAAAAAUUAUAAAUGUCAACUUUUUAGGUUCCAAAAUCAAAAUUAAAAGAAUUAGGUUAUUUUGCAAUAACUCCAUAAUUAUUAAAUAAUCUAGAAUAAUUUCAUAAUAUAUGACUGUUUUAAUAAAAUUUAAAUUAUCAUAUUUUUCUAAAAUAAAAAUUAAUAAAAUAUUUAUUUUUUUCUAUAUUUAAAGGUGUUAUUAAAUUAUAAAAUUAUAAUCAUAUUUU